CCAAACAGGUAAAGCUGCGCCUUCUUUCUCUAAAGGACAAACAUUAUGGCGUGUGCUUAACAAACUGAGGAUUUACAUUUUUCAUGAGGACUUGGUGAAGAUUAAUAUAGAUACUUUUUUUUUUGCCCAGAACGGGACUUUGGAGAGGAUCUGGUCCCAGAAAAACACCCUCACCAAGGAUGAUCCGGCAGCAGGAGGCAUGAGUCCGCCUCAGUGCUUCAUGCAUGCCUGUCAUCUAGGAUAUUAUUACCUGGACUGAUGAGCUUUAUCCCAGCGCUGAAAUUGUCCCAACUUGUGCUCAGUUAACAGUAACUCCCGGGGAGAAUGACAUCUCUGCUGAACAGACUCUCCCUGUGUCUCUUUGUCCUCCGGAUCUUUGUUACAGUGAUACAUGGAGAGUUUAUGGGGCUCCCUCCAAAUGGUUCCCUACGCUCCUUGGCAGAAGAGGAGACCGUGUUGCCCUGUCGCUACCAGCCAAGUGAGAGCGGUGUGGUGGUGGUGCAGGUCACGUGGUAUAAGGAGACAGAGCAGAUCAUCACCGCACACCACAUUAACGGACAGACAGCAUUUGGGACGUGGUCUCGACGUGUGCGCUUUAGAAGCAGCGAACCCACAGUGGACUCAUCUCUGGUUAUCAUGAGCACGGACAUCUCUGAUGAGGGGAAGUAUAUCUGCCGCAUCAGCACCUUCCCCUCUGGCAACUUUGACAGUGAGAUGUCACUCAUCGUAUGGACCGUUCCCAUCUCCUCCAUCGACCCUGUGAUUCUGGUGGAGGGACAGUCCUACCGACAGGCCGCUUCCUGCCGCUCCAUAGGCCGCCCACCCCCCCGCCUCACCUGGGACACCGACCUGAAUGGCCAGUUCACCAGCCGCUCCUCCGACAAUGGGGCUGUCUCCACGCAGUACUCCCUGCACCCCCUGAGGAGCAUGAACGGCAAGAAGCUGGACUGUCUGGUGUGGCAUGAGACAUCGUCCACCCCCCGCAGGCUCAGCAACCGCCUGGUCGUGCACUUCCCUCCGCAUGCAGAGGUGUCUGGCUACAAUGAAGACUGGUCCAUUGGUAUGGAGAACGCUGCCCUGAGGUGUCUGAGUGGAGGAAACCCCAAACCACAGAGUUUCACCUGGAUCAGAAAAGGUGGACAGCUGCCAGAAGGUGUGAUCGCCCACCCUAACGGAACACUAGCUUUUGGGCGACCCCUAAACUCAACAGAUAAAGGCAUCUACGAGUGUGAGGCGAAGAACGAGGUGGGAGUAGGCAAGGCGGAGGUGGAGAUUGUCGUGACAGACUCUUUGGGGGACCACGACGUGCCCGAAAACAUGCUGAUGCUCAUCGUGUUGGUCGUGUCUGUCGGGCUGCUGAUCUUGAUGAUCGUCAUCGUCAUCACAGUCACGUGCCACCACAAGCGCAAGAACCUGAAGCUGGAGAAGGAGCUGACUGAGAGGAAGGAGGAAAUAACUACUCUCUCCAGGCAAGCCUCUUUCAGGAGAAUGAACUCUGUCAGCACAGAUACCAGAGGAGCGACAGAGGAAAACAUCCCUCUGAGGGUGGAGGGAACCCUGAGGACCAGCCUGUCUUCCCUCGGGGAGCAGACUCACUGCCGUGACAGCCGAUCUACUAUCUCAGGUGGGCGUGGAGGAGGAGGGGGAGCUUUUGACUACCUGGGAAGACCAGUCCUGCACAACAACUCGAGGAGGGGGAGAGAAAGGCUUCUGGAUAGAGAUGAGGAUACCCGACUCAGAGUGGAGACAUAUGUGAGAAACAGCACUAUGUCUUUACAGGAAACCCGUUUCCACCCUCCUCUCACGCCAUCGGCUUUCCCCAUGGUGCAGUCCACUGAGGUUGUGAGACAGCUAAACGGCAGCGCCUCUAUCCCGACAGACGGGGGCUCGCGGCCAGGAAGCGUGGCCAAAAAUCACCAGCACCCUCCCAUGAGCUGCAACUACCCACCAGUGACAGACGAUGAGGAUGAAGUGGAUGAAGGUUUGGGGGGUCCUGCCAGCCAGGAGCAUCCCGAUGACCAAUACAGCGAGACUAACAGCUCCCAGGUGUCCGAGGCUCACAGUACACGCUAUCAGCAGACUAAUGGCACGCUGAGGCCCAAACCCCGACCGAGCCCCACUAUGAUCAGCCCCCACGCCUCCCUGAUCCACAAGGCUCAGAUAGUUUAGCAGGAAACAUAACACGUGAAACCGCAGAACUGACUAGCUCUGGUCCUGGAGGUGGUUAAAACCCAGAAAACCAGUUUGUGGUUCCUUAUGAAAAAUCUGCACCUCGACUACAAUGAUGCGUCUUCUUUAUUGUGUGGGAACACGGUGCAAGACAACAAAGUCCUUCAGGAAAAAAAAUAUCUACAUCUGCUGCACAUUUCUGGAUUUCUGAUCAGCAGUGUUGUUGUGUUUACUGGCACAAUCAAAGACAAGGUCGCAAUAUUUCCAGCGCAGCUACUACAGCUUUGAUCGCACACAAUAUUCCUUGCUCAUCUUUCACAAAUACACUAUCUGCCGCGCUAACAAGCUGUAACUAACAGGUCAAUGCCACUGACAUACCUCCUGUGCGGGAUGUCGCAAACACUCAAGGGCACAUACAGUAUGAAAUCAGGAAAUGCAGGUGAUGGCUGUGGGAAAGUUGGUACAUCAGAGAAGUAGAUUGCAACACCUCAGUGCUGAGGGUGGAUACUUUUUUUUUUCUUUUUUUUUUUUUUUUUUUGCUUCAGUGGUAUUCAGGACCUGUGCCUGUGUUGAAUUCUCUUACACAACACGGCUCGGGAUCUGAUCUAAACCAUGGGGCUGUUGCUCUCUUGCCACACCUGCACCAUGCAUACCUCCAUAUUGUCUUACUGUUCUUGUGCCUCUGCCUUAAGCACUGAGACAGUUGGGAUCAGAUAAAGACUUCAUACGACCAAAACAUACCUAAUGUGUUCUCUGUAGUGAUUUGUAAAUCUGCACAAAUACACAAAUGAUUUUUUUCUAAACUUUUUGAAAUGAUUUUUUCUAACACUUAAAUUCAAGUAAGUAAAUUAACAUAUCAACACAUUCAAUAUAUCUACCCUCUUGUUUCCGCAUGUCCCCAAUUCCUCACCACCCUCAGAUCUGCACCUGCAUUCACACAUACACCUAAAGUAGAUAAAUAAUGAAUAUACCCUGCUGCUGUGUUGCAAGAAUAAAAACUGAAACACUGUUUUACAUGUUAAAUAUGUACAUACAACAUGUAGCUUCAUGAAAGCUGGAAAAGCCAAAUAUUUGUAAAAUACAUUCUAGUGAGUGUUUUUUUUUUUUUAUUAUACAUCACUGUAUUGCUUGUAAUGGCUUCUUGUAUAAUCUGUACUCACUGGAGACCAUGGAAACAACAUACUCAGUAAGUCAUUACAACUGUGGACAGACCCUAUCUGUACCUUGUAAAGUUUCUUCUUCGACAUCCAAUGAUGACAGGACGAUGCCCCUCCAGGAUUGAUUUGUCAUUAACUCUAACAGUUACAGUUUUGGUACUGGUACUGGUACUGUUACAGUUUUAUUUUUUUUUUGUGUUUAUGUGUUCUGAAUAUUACUGGGUUCUGUUACAGCCCUGAUACGGGAAUUAAUGUGCCAAAGGGAUAAUACAAUAAUAAUAAUAAUAAUAACAACAAUAAUAAUAAUGAUAAUAAUAAUAAUAAUUGCUUUUUUGGCAAAUAUGAAGUAUUAUUUUAUUACACAUUGGUAUUGUGUUUCUAUAAAUACAGCUUUAUCCUAGAUGAAUGUCGGAAGUUAGAAAUGUCAGGUUAAAAGUCUGCUGUGGCAAAAGCAAUGUGCCAUAUUAUCUGCUAGAACCCAACAGGUAAGAGCAGCAGACAAAUGGUAUUAUGUUCAAUGCAGACUGUAUUUGUUGCAGACAGUGCCCCCUGAUGUGUACUGCUGGAAAGUGCAGGGACUUGAAUGAGCCUACAAACUGCAAAACUACUGAACUAUGAAAGACUCUGCAUUCCACUGUGACUUUGGAAAAUGAUCUUCCUGGUGACGUGCCUGGAUUUUCAUUUAUUUUGAGGGCUACGUAUUGGUAUCAGCUUGUAUUGAUUGGUUUGAAAUAAAUGUGCAUGUUCUUUUUUAAAAGUACACUGAAACUUAAAUGCUAACACAGGCUUUUCGAUAAAUACUAUUUUCUUGAUCAUCCAAAUAUGGGGGGUUUACACUGAUACUUAUUCUUAUGUGCUUAGAAAUUGAGUCGAAUCCCUACACACUACACCAAUUAGUGUGUCAAUUAGUUAUUAUUAUGUAUUCAAUUAG